CCUUCCUUUUAAUCUCCUGUGAUAUCGCAAGAUGGCUCGCGGUCCCAAGAAACAUAUGAAGCGUUUGAAUGCUCCCAAGCACUGGAUGCUUGACAAGCUUUUGGGUUCUUAUGCCCCUAAGCCCAGCUCCGGUCCCCACAAGACCCGUGAGUGCUUGCCCUUGAUCAUCUUCCUUCGCAACCGUUUGAAGUAUGCUCUCAACGGCCGUGAAACCCAGGCCAUUUUGAUGCAGCGUUUGGUCAAGGUUGACGGUAAGGUCCGUACCGACUCUACUUUCCCCGCUGGUUAUAUGGAUGUCAUCUCCAUUGAAAAGACUGGUGAAAACUUCCGUCUUGUCUACGAUGUCAAGGGUCGCUUCGCCAUUCACCGCAUCACCGAUGAAGAGGCCAAGUACAAGCUCUGCAAGGUCAAGAAGGUUAUGGUUGGUGCCAAGGGUAUUCCCUACAUUGUCACCCACGAUGGCCGCACCAUCCGUUAUCCCGAUCCUUUGAUCAAGGCCAACGACACCAUCAAGUUCGAUAUUGAACAGAACAAGAUCACCGAUUUCGUCAAGUUCGAUAUUGGCAACGUUGUUAUGGUCACUGGCGGUCGUAACAUUGGUCGUGUUGGUAUGCUCGUUCACCGUGAACGCCACACUGGUGGUUUCGAAAUCGUCCACGUCAAGGAUGCUCUUGACCGCGUCUUCGCUACCCGUAUCUCCAACGUCUUCACCAUCGGUCAAGGCAACAAGCCCUGGAUCUCUCUCCCCAAGGGUAAGGGUGUCAAGUUGACCAUUGCCGAAGAACGUGACCGCAGAAGAGCCGCCGCUGCCGCUGCUCACUAAAGUGGUUAGAAAAUAAUAAAGACAAAUCCAUCUGUAAUAAAAUGGGUACUUGCAUUUA